AGACAGGUCUAAGGGUGUCUAAACAUGGUGUUUGUCUGCACUAAUUUAACAACAAACAAAACCCGCCUUUGUCACUGUCAGACUACACUUGUUGCUAAUGCACCAGGUAGAGCUUGUGAAGCCCGUCUGUGUUGCGGGCAGUGAGCUUGUCUUUCCGGGUCGCGCUCUGUGCUGGUGCAGCUGUUGUUACUGCUGACCUGACUGAGACGCAAAACAGACAGAAACAGAAGAGAGAUAGAGGAGAGAGUCAAAGGAGAGCUGCAAACUGAAACAGAUAACAUGGAAUAAACUAACAUCAGGAACACACUGAUCAGAUUGGGAUUCAAGUAUACAUCUAGGAGGACUCGGAUAACAUUGUGACAAGAAACAUGUUGCUAAUUUGCACAUCGACUGGCUAAAGAGGGGUGGACAAGCACGUGCCAGCAGCACUGAUCGGAAGCUGAACUAUGGGGAACACUGCGACUAAGUUUCGCAAGGCACUUAUUAAUGGAGACGAGACCCUGGCCUCUCAGCUGUACGAGAGCAACCCGCAGUUCAAGGAGUCCCUGGAUCCAAAUACCUCAUAUGGAGAACCCUAUCAACACAACACUCCCCUGCACUAUGCCGCUCGGCAUGCCAUGAGUCGACUGCUCAGAUUGUUUCUCUUCAGCAAGGAUGGCAACCCCAACAAGCGCAACGUGCACAACGAGACAGCAAUGCACCUACUGUGCAUGGGGCCGCAGAUCAUGCUGGCAGAAGGGGCACUGCACCCCCGUCUCGCACGGCCCUAUGAGGACGAGCACAAGAGGGCAGAGUGCCUGCAGAUGAUCCUCAAGUGGACAGGAGCAAAGCUAGAUCAGGGAGAGUACGAGAGAGCCGACGUCAAUGCCACGGACAACAAGAAAAACACCUCUUUGCACUACGCUGCUGCCUCAGGGAUGAAAACAUGUGUAGAGUUUUUAGUGAAAAAUGAUGGAGACCUGUUUGCAGAAAACGAGAAUAAGGACACCCCAUGUGACUGUGCAGAAAAGCAGCACCAUAAAGAACUGGCCCUUAGCCUGGAGUCUCAGAUGGUCUUCUCUAGGGAUCCGGAAGCUGAUGACAUAGAGGCAGAAUAUGCUGCUCUGGAUAGGAGAGAGCCAUUCGAGGGCCUGAGGCUUCAGGAUCUCCGCAGACUGAAAGAUAUGCUGAUAGUGGAGACUGCAGACAUGCUCCAGGCCCCUCUCUUCACUGCUGAAGCCCUGCUCCGAGCACAUGACUGGGACAGGGAGAAGUUGCUUGAAGCAUGGAUGUCCAAUGCUGAGGAUUGUUGCCAGCGUUCAGGUGUUCAGAUGCCCACCCCUCCCCCUACCGGGUACAACGCCUGGGACACCCUGCCAUCCCCCCGGACCCCCCGCACCACCCGCUCCUCUGUCACCUCACCUGACGAGAUCAGCUUGUCACCCGGCGAUGAGGACUUGCCUAUGUGUGGCAUCUGCAUGUGCAAUAUUACUGUGUUCGAAGACCCAGUGGACAUGGCUUGUGGACACGAGUUCUGCAGAGCAUGCUGGGAAGGGUUUUUGAAUCUUAAGAUCCAGGAAGGAGAAGCCCAUAACAUCUUCUGCCCAGCCUAUGACUGUUUCCAGCUGGUUCCUGUGGACGUCAUUGAGAGCGUGGUCUCCAGAGAGAUGGACAAGCGCUACCUGCAGUUUGACAUUAAGGCUUUUGUAGAAAACAACCCUGCCAUUAGGUGGUGUCCCACAGCAGGCUGUGAAAGAGCAGUUCGGUUAACAAGGCCUGGUAUCGCUGGCUCUGACUCGCUCAGCUUCCCUUUACUAAGAGCACCGGCAGUCGACUGUGGAAAGAGCCACCUCUUCUGCUGGGAGUGUCUAGGAGAAGCCCAUGAACCCUGCGAUUGCCAAACCUGGAAGAUGUGGCUGCAGAAAGUUUCAGAAAUGAAACCAGAAGAACUAGUCGGCGUGAAUGAGGCUUAUGAAGAUGCAGCCAAUUGUUUGUGGUUACUCACCAACUCCAAACCCUGCGCCAACUGCAAGUCUCCAAUUCAGAAGAAUGAGGGCUGCAACCACAUGCAGUGUGCCAAGUGCAAAUAUGACUUCUGCUGGAUCUGCCUGGAGGAGUGGAAGAAACACAGCUCGUCCACUGGAGGGUAUUACCGCUGUACCCGUUACGAGGUCAUCCAGCAGGUCGAAGAGCAGUCCAAGGAGAUAACAGUCGAGGCUGAGAAACAGCACAAGACAUUUCAAGAACUUGACCGAUUUAUGCACUAUUAUACAAGGUACAAGAACCACGAGCAUAGUUACCAGUUGGAACAACGUCUACUAAAAACAGCCAAAGAAAAGAUGGAACAGCUGAGCAGAGCCCUCAGUGGAGCAGAAGGAGGCCCUGAUACCACCUUCAUUGAAGAUGCAGUCCGUGAGCUCUUGAAAACUCGCCGUAUCCUCAGGUGUUCCUAUCCGUACGGAUUCUUUCUUGAACCAAAAAGCACAAAGAAGGAAAUAUUUGAGCUUAUGCAGACUGACUUGGAGAUGGUAACGGAAGACCUUGCUCAGAAAGUAAACCGGCCUUACCUCCGCACCCCUCGCCAUAAAAUAAUCAGAGCAGCAUGCCUUGUUCAGCAAAAAAGACGGGAGUUCCUGGCCUCUGUGGCCCGUGGCGUUGCCCCGAAUGACUCUCCUGAAGCUCCCCGGCGCAACUUUGCUGGAGGGACGUGGGACUGGGAAUACUUAGGUUUUGCAUCACCUGAGAUCCUGAGGAAUCAAUCAGUACUUGGAGGGAAUGAGCAAAGAGAAAACUAUCAAAAUGCAGGAUUCCAGCAGCAGGAAUAUGCUGAGUUUCAGUACCGCCGGAGACACAGGCAGCGGCGCCGUGGAGACAUGCAUAGUCUGCGAAGCAAUACUCCAGAUCCUGAUGACCCCAGCGAGAGCACUUUAGAUACCCAGGAGGGUGGUAGCAACUGGAGACACGGUACCUCCAUGGCUCUGAGCUCUCUUGAUGAAGAUGACCCGAAUAUUCGCCUAGCCAUCCAGCUCUCACUGCAGGAGUCCGGGCUGGCCAUGGGCAGAGAGGCUCAGGAGUUUCUCAACAAUGAAGCCUCAUUGGGGGCCAUUGGUACUUCCCUGCCCUCCAGGCUGGACCCAGCCCCCCGGAGCAUGGAGAUCCCGAGGGCAGCUCUUAGCAGCUCCGAGCUGCUGGAACUGGGUGAUAGUCUGAUGAGGCUGGGGGCUGUGAGCAACCCCUAUGCUGGGGACCGCUUUGACAACCUGCGCCGUUUCGGGGAGGAUCCUGGGGGGCUCUUCUCCUCCUCCAGCGACACAGACUCCACAAGCUACGAUCCUUCUGUGAAUGCAAACCUCCUGGGGAACAUCAUGGCCUGGUUUCAUGACAUGAACCCUCAGAGCAUAGCACUUAUCCCCUCCAUGCCCUCAGAAACAGACCUGGACUCGCAGCCUCUCAGCACUGCAGAAGAAGUGGAGCCCUCUAAAACAGAGGAGGCGCCUCAGAAUCAGGAGGAAGAGCAUGUCCUCUUCAAAGCCGCAGCAGUCAAUGAAGGUAACAGGGCUGCCCAGGUAGAGGAGGGCACGCUUCAAGAGACCACUGGUGAACGGGAUCCAGAACCAGGAAGUGAAGACCCCCACUGUAGCGCAGAACUUAGUCUAACAAGCACGUCGGAAUGUGACCCCAGCUCCAAUCCUCAACCUAGUAGUAGUAGUACUACACCCGAAUGGGAGGAGCAGAUCCACCUGGUUUGAACAUGCCAGAAAGAGAUGUAGCUGACCUGUAAAAUCAUAAACACUUUGAUUGGCUUAUUAGCAGCAGUGGCAGUGGAUUUUUCUUCUUUUUUUCUUUUUAAUAGCACUACAGACAGUUUUUUCAUUUCUUUGUAGGAGGAAUACAAGAUAAUGUGGAAUUGCAGACAUUGCUGUAUAGUAACAGAAAAGAAUCGUAGCCCUUUAGAUACCAUGAUGAAGUCCUUUUAGUAUUUUGUGGGUAUAUACAGGCCAUAAAUAGCAAACUAUAAGUCUGAUCAGUUCCAGUCCAUGUACAAACAAUGGUAGCAGAUUUUCCUGUUUUGUUUUUUGUUAAAAAAAGCAUUUUCAUUGAUGACAAAAUUCAAGUGUUGGAUUUAAAGAAUGUUGAUAUUCUCAAACAUGUAAUAGAUUAGGCUUUUAAAAUAAAAUAACAAAAUACUUUGUACAUGAACAGCAUUGCAGCACUCCACUAUUCUCUUUUUUUAAUGCCAGCAUUAUUGAGUGAUGUGAUCAGACAGCUUGAUUGGAAAGUGAACCGCUGGACGGGACCUGAAGAUGCUGCUUUGCCGUGCCGUAUGUGCAGUAAUCAGUGCAGUAAUCAGUGCAGUAAUCAGUGCAGUAAUCUGUAUUCUGCCAAAAGGUGCCAAACUGUAAUCAGUGGAAGCAUACUUCACUAGGUUUAUCAAAUGCAAGUUGUGCCUGCAUUGCUAUGAGCCAAUCAGACUUUUUGCUUAUACCAUUUUAAAAAUAUAGUUACCAGUGACUCUGUGUUACACGAUCUACAAGCACUGCUGUCAGUUCUUUUAAUUCAAAGUUGCUGAUUCAAGUAAAUCAAAGUAGAAACUUCAGCCACAGAGGCACUAUUGAUCAACGAAGACACUUUAUUAGAAGUUCAGUCAGUUCCCUUUCCUAAGUUAGCAAAGUAUUUUUGCACUGUAAGUGCCAUUGGUAAUUUGAAAACCGAAGCUUAAGCAGCUCUGCAGUAGAAAGCUGUUUUUCACAGUCUAAAUAAGAUGCCUAUCUUUAACCAAUGUUCUACACAAUCCAUUGGCGUGCCUUUUUGUAAAUCCAUUUUAUUUAUUACCACAUGUAAUUAAUAUUUCCUGACACAGACUGAACAAAAUCCUGUAAAAAAAAAAAUGUACAUGGUAACAAAAUCAGUGUAAAUGUAGCAAUUUUGUUAUUUAGUUUUUGGUCCUGUUGAUUUUUUUUAUUUUUUUUAAUGCAUUGAAUAUAGCAUACAAUUUUUACAUGAAUAUAGCCAAAUGCAUCAUGGUCACUGUUGGUUAACUCAGCGAAAUGGUUUCUUUUGGAUUUCAUUGGAAAAGUUGCUUAUGUUCUGUUAAUUUUUUUUUUUUGGUUGUUAGGUUGAGGUAUGACAGUUGAAAAGAAAGCUUACAUUUAAAUGGAUAAUAUGUAAGUACAUAGCUGCAAGUGCAUAAUUUACUUUGAUGUUGAAGGUUAAAAGAUGCAGGAAGUGGCUUAAAUGCUGGCUCAUUAUGAAUGAAUUGUACUUGACAAUUGUAAGUCCCUGAUAUCUUAAUAGCAAAUCAAGCUUUAAGCAUAUUUGGCUGUAAAAUGUAAUUGGAUCUAUUGCUUUCUUUUUACAAUAUUGAAAUUUAAGAGACAAUAUUUUUAAAUCUUUUCUCGGUUUCACUGUUAAAUGGGUCUUUCCCUAAAUGAGUAUGUGACUGUACUACUAAUUGUAGUUUGCGAAAUAAAAGCA